AUGGUGCUAUGUGGAGAAAAUGUGAGCGAUUAUGAUAUGAUUGAAAAAACGCUCUCCACAUUUCACCCUGGAAAUAUAGUCCUGCAACAACAAUAUCGGGCAAAUGGCUAUACUCGUUAUUCAAAAUUGAUGGAUGUUCUCCUUGUUGCAGAACAGAAUAACGAGCUUGUGAUGAUGAACCAUCAGACUCGUCCCACUGGAGCUGCUCCAUUCCCAGAAGCGAAUGUAGCAUCGUCCAGCCAAAAUAAUGGACGAGGACGUGGACGUGGAUAUGGUCGAAACCGAGGUCGUGGCCGUGGCCGUGGACGUGGUCGGGGACAAGGAAAAGAGUACCGUCCCGACGAGUCCAACAAUGAAAGGAAUAUAAAAGAUCUCGAGCAAAUGAUUACGGCCGAGAUUCUAAAAAGCAAAAAGAAAGUGUUUGCUACAGAUGCGGCAUGA